CUUCAUUUCCUUUAGCGGCAAGACACACAAACAUUAUGCACAUUUGACAUUCAUACUUGUCUGUGCACAGUAGGUCUAUCUGCAUGGUAACCUCAACCUAAACCUAACGGCUGGCUCAAACAAGAAAUGGAGCUGAUUGAACUCUUCUGCAUUAUAUGUUUCACCGCCCUGUGUACUGCUAUAGAUGAAUCCGGUAUUCCCAAACCAGCCAUAAAGCUCAACACAGCUUGGUCCCAGGUGUUCUACACUGAGAGGGUGGAGCUGAGCUGCACGGUGGAGGGUAGCUCUGAAUGGAAUAUCACAUGGUUCAGAGAUAGCAAGGAGAUCCAGGCUGACCACGUGGUUCUGUCCACUGACGGGACUACCCUGUCCAUACCCGCCGCUUCAGUGGUAGACGCUGGAAAGUACAUGUGUGAAGGACAACAUAAGAACAGGACUCUCACCCCUUACAAAAGUGAUGAACUUACCCUCAAAGUCGACGAGAUUCCCGUUCCAUCGGUGGCUCUCCAGACACCAUGGUCUGCUUUCUUCACCUCUGAGUCAGUGGAGCUGAAGUGUAGUAUGGAGGACAGCCCAGACCUCUGGACCUAUACCUGGUACAGAGGAGGAGUCUCCCUUGGGUCAGAAGGAUCUGAUCUCACGAUUAGCCAGGUUAGACCGGAGCAUGCGGGACAGUACACCUGUACUGGACAACUCAAGGGCAGACCUGUUAAGUCUGAACACAGCAAAGCACAGUCCUUAGAGGUCAAAGGUAUUCCCAAACCAGCCAUAAAGCUCAACACAGCUUGGUCCCAGGUGUUCUACACUGAGAGGGUGGAGCUGAGCUGCACGGUGGAGGGUAGCUCUGAAUGGAAGUUCACAUGGUUCAGAGAUAGCAAGGAGAUCAAGGCUGACCACGUGGUUCUGUCCACUGACGGGACUACCCUGUCCAUACCCGCCGCUUCAGUGGUAGACGCUGGAGAGUACAUGUGUAAAGGACAACAUAAGAACAGGAAUCUGACAACUCAUAACAGUGAUGAACUUCCCCUCACAGUCAACGGUCUUCCCAAACCAGCCAUAAAGCUCAACCCAGCUUGGUCCCAGGUGUUCUACACUGAGAGGUUGGAGCUGAGCUGCACGGUGGAGGGUAGCUCUGAAUGGAAGUUCACAUGGUUCAGAGAUAGCAAGGUGAUCCAGGCUGACCACGUGGCUCUGUCCACUGACGGGACUACCCUGUCCAUACCCGCCGCUUCAAUUGGAGACGCUGGAAAGUACAUGUGUAAAGGACAACAUAAGAACAGGACUCUGACCACUUACAACAGUGAUAAACUUACCCUCAAAGUCGACGAGAUUCCCGUUCCAUCGGUGGCUCUCCAGACACCAUGGUCUGCUGUCUUCACCUCUGAGUCAGUGGAGCUGAAGUGUAGUAUGGAGGACAGCCCAGACCUCUGGACCUAUACCUGGUACAGAGGAGGACAAGAGGUGGUGCCGGCGGCAGGUGUCUCCUUUGGGUCAGAAGGAUCUGUUCUCACGAUUAGCCAGGUUAGACCAGAGCAUGCGGGACAGUACACCUGUACUGGAAAACUCAAGGGCAGACCUGUUAAGUCUGAACCCAGCAAAGCACAGUCCUUAAAGGUCAAAGGUAUUCCCAAACCAGCCAUAAAGCUCAACACAGCUUGGUCCCAGGUGUUCUACACUGAGAGGGUGGAGCUGAGCUGCACGGUGGAGGGUAGCUCUGAAUGGAAGUUCACAUGGUUCAGAGAUAGCAAGGAGAUCCAGGCUGACCACGUGGUUCUGUCCACUGACGGGACUACCCUGUCCAUACCCGCCGCUUCAAUUGGAGACGCUGGAAAGUACAUGUGUAAAGGACAACAUAAGAACAGGACUCUGACCACUUACAACAGUGAUAAACUUACCCUCAAAGUCGACGAGAUUCCCGUUCCAUCGGUGGCUCUCCAGACACCAUGGUCUGCUGUCUUCACCUCUGAGUCAGUGGAGCUGAAGUGUAGUAUGGAGGACAGCCCAGACCUCUGGACCUAUACCUGGUACAGAGGAGGACAAGAGGUGGUGCAGGAGGCAGGUGUCUCCUUUGGGUCAGAAGGAUCUGAUCUCACGAUUAGCCAGGUUAGACCAGAGCCUGCGGGACAGUACACCUGUACUGGACAACUCAAGGGGAGACCUGUUAAGUCUGAACCCAGCAAACCACAGUCCUUAGAGGUCAAAGAGAUUCCCGUUCCAUCGGUGGCUCUCCAGACACCAUGGUCUCCUGUCUUCACCUCUGAGUCAGUGGAGCUGAAGUGUAGUAUGGAGGACAGCCCAGACCUCUGGACCUAUACCUGGUACAGAGGAGGACAAGAGGUGGUGCAGGAGGCAGCUGUCUCCUUUGGGUCAGAAGGAUCUGUUCUCACGAUUAGCCAGGUUAGACCGGAGCAUGCGGGACAGUACACCUGUACUGGACAACUCAAGGGGAGACCUGUUAAGUCUGAACCCAGCAAACCACAGUCCUUAGAGGUCAAAGAGAUUCCUGUUCCAUUGGUGGCUCUCCAGACACCAUGGCCUGAUGUCUUCCCCUCUGAGAAAGCGGAGAUGAACUGUAAGAUGCAGGACAGCCCAGACGACUGGACCUACACUUGGUACAGAGGAGGACAAAAGAUGGCGGUGCAAGAGCCAGGCGUCUCUUUUGGGUCCGACGGAUCCCAGCUUGUGAUUAGCUCUGCUAGACAGGAGCAUGAGGGAGAGUACAACUGUACAGGACAACUCAAAGGCAGAGCACCUGUUACGUCUGAACAUAGCAAGCCACUCUCCUUAUCUGUCUAUGAUAAGAAACCUACACCAGAGCUAAUACAAGAUCCCGGGCAUCGGAAGAUGUAUGCCAAGGAAUCAAUCAAAUUCAGCUGUAAGGUUAGCGCUUCAUCUGGAUGGGAGUUCCAUUGGUUCAAGGACUCAGCGAAACUCCCGAAUCAAGGGGAGAACUACACCAUCCCAUCGGCCUCCUAUGUCAACGCCGGGGCGCAUCGAUGCCGUGCAACAAGAGGACAGGAACCACCCUUUACCACAGACAGUAAUACGAUAACCAUCAACGUUGAAGAGCGUCCCCGGGCCACGGUGACCCUUCUAACAGGGUGGUCUGAGGUGUUCUCCGCCGAUCGGCUGGAUCUGAAAUGCGAGGUGCACGGGAGCGAAGACACGUGGAACUACACAUGGUUUGGAGGAAGUGAGCAGUCCCCGUUGUCUUUUAACGCCAAACACCCGGUCAUGAGUAAAGACGUGAACCAGAGCCACUACAGCUGCAUGGGCAACCGCUCUUCACGGCCUUUGUAUUCCCAGCGAAGUGAACCCUUCAAGACCACCAAUCUCCUUCUUAAGAGAAGAGUUCUGCUCUCCAUAUCUGGAUGUCUGUUCUUCGGCAUCAUCGCUGUCUUCAUCGGAUGCAUUGUGAUGAGAAUAACACGCAAACCAGUCACGAGCGAAGACAAACCCGAAGAGGUCAACCUCUUUCUCACCAGGGCGGAGCUGCAAGCCAGUGAUGUUGCACCUUGUCCACUGGCGGAGUAUGUCAGUGAUGAAGAAAAGCCGGCUUUAACUAAAGAUGCAGAAGACAUAGACCCCGUUUGCCAUGAAUCAACACCUCUUCCAUUAAGUUUCUCUGAGGUCGAAGCUGAGACGUCCGAGACCAAUGGUGGACUAAAGUCCUUUAAAUAUUGACCUGGUUGAACCGUGAUGACUCGAACCAUUGUUCUGACCUGACUUGGUUAAACAGUUGCAAAUUAUUAUUAUUUUUUCAUUGAUGUUUAUGGUUUAUUGUUGCAUUGUACAUUUUUUAAUGGGAACCUACUGAUGUAGGAUGGUUUGAUAUGAAAUUAUUGGAGCAAACACCAGAUGGCAGCAUACAUACUUCUGCCUCUAACAUCAAACUGACUAUCCAGCAUCUCCCUUAUCUGUAUGAAGAUGUAGGCAUAUGUCAGAAGUUUAUAUUGGUCCUAGACAACUUACCAUUGAUGUUUUCUGUUGUCUUACUAGUGUUAUCAUAAUUACAUUAUGAGAGUGUGUGGAUGAUGGCAGGUUUAAGUAGCCUCACCUGGCCAAGUCUGAUUCUGGGGCUGGCUGAGGCUCCAAGCACACUAGGGAAGAUCUCCUGCAUAGCAGUGGAGCACCCUUGCCAUGUAUAUUACCUGCAAAACUUACAUUAAACUGGCUUCAACAUAACCA